CGCGCUCGGGUGCUUCCGGUGCCGCCGGACCGAUGCGCCCCCCCGUCUGUGUCCGAACGACGCCUCCGUGUGUCGCCAGUUCCUCUGGCGCUACUCUGCGCGCAUUUGCUGACACAGUGCCGCCGAUAUCGCUACACACAUAUACACAGUACCAAGUAAGCCGCGUUACCCACGAUACGUACGAAAACCGCGAACUGUUUUUAUAAUUGAUACCACGAACCGCGGGCUCCCUGUGUCUGCGGCGUCCGCACGUUCGCUCGAGGUACCCACCGACCCUCGUAGACCGUCGGCUUCUCUCCCGCGCGCUAAAGCAGUCGCUGCCGGUCGUGCCGAGGUGCCCCCCCGAGAGACCUGCGUCUCCCCGUGCCGCACGCGAGAGCGCCCGAAUCAGAUAUCUGCCUUAAUAAUUUUAAGAUUUUACAUUUGAACGUUUAGUUUGCUGUUCCCAGCAAAGGAAUAUUCUAGAAGUUAAAAAGCGUAAGAAGAUGGUCAUGGAGGCAUCUCCCUCUCCACAGAGCGUCGGUCGCGAGUUCGUCCGACAGUAUUACACGUUGCUGAAUCAGGCGCCUGCCCAUCUCCACAGGUUCUACAAUCAGCAUUCUUCCUUCGUGCACGGCGGAUUGGAUUCUAAUCGAGAGUGUACCCCGGCGAUCGGUCAGAAACAAAUACACCAGAAGAUUCAACAGCUGAACUUUCGCGAUUGCCAUGCCAAAAUAAGCCAGGUCGAUUCUCAACUUACUCUGGAAAAUGGCGUUGUUGUCCAGGUAUCCGGUGAAUUGUCUAACGCUGGGCAACCAAUGCGUCGAUUCACCCAGACCUUUGUGCUGGCCGUGCAAGCACCCAAGACCUACUACGUGCACAAUGACAUCUUCCGCUACCAAGACCUGAUAUUUCCGGAUGAGGACGAAGCCGACGUGAGUGGCGGCGAUAGCGGCGAGAGCGGCGAGAGAGAGGUCGAGGAGAUCGGCCGGUCCGAGCCUGAUGAAGACGAGCAUCAGACUCAGGUGCAGCAGCUGUCGGCUCCAACUCAAGCGGCCGAGCAAGCUCAACCGCCUCUCAUGCCGACGCAGCAACCCCCGCUUCAGCAACAGCAGCCAAUGUAUUAUGCUGCGCCACCCCAGCCACAUGUUCAUCCGGUGAUACAGCAAGUGCUGAACGGAACGGUGCAUGAGGAAGUGAUCAAUCAACAAGCACCGCAGCAGCAGCAGCAGCAGCAACCGCCGCCACCGCCUCCGGCGCAGCAACACCCGUACAUUGCCGAGCCGACCGCUCAAUCGCAGUUCGUGCAGGAGGCAGAGCUGAGCAAUGGCGAGCAACAGCAGAGCGAGAACGAGCCGCAGGCUCAGACGGAGGAGAGGAGCGAGCCGACUGAGGCAGAAACAUUUGUUGCAUCCGUACAAGAGACCGAAGCCGAGCAUCAGGUGUCCAGCACCACCGUCAACAGCAGCGGGCCCAAGACGUAUGCUAAUUUGGUCAAGUCUUUCUCGAGCGCCGCUACUGGGGCUACUAGCCCACAGGCUCCCAAGUUGUCGAUGUCUCCGCCGCCUCUGACGAAUCUACGUGUGGACGACAGAUCGCCGUUACAUCCUGCAAACAACGGACCGACGUCUAUGUCUGUGUCCAAUAAUGUAUCCACAGUUCAGCAACAGGCGCAUCGAGUAAGCGGAAAUCAACCGCUGCAACAGCAGCAGCAUCCUCAGCAGCAACGCGUUCCAAGAGGGGGAUUAGUGCAAAGAGGUAAAAAGUACUGGGAUCUAGUACAAAGGGGGCUAGGACAGAGGGGACAAGAUGGAGAACGUCGUGGCACGAGACCAGGACAAUACAGCGACGCUCACCAACUUUUCCUGGGCAACUUGCCGCACAACGCCUCUGAGAACGAUUUGCGUCAGGUAUUCGAGCGUUACGGUAGAGUCGCUGAGUUACGCGUGCACAGUAAAUCGAACGAUAGAUGCAAAGGUCCGCAAGGCGGAAACAAUACCGCUCGCGUGCCUAAUUAUGGAUUUAUCACGUUCGAAGAUCAACAGGUUGUGACCAAGGUGUUAAGCUCCUUGCCUAUCUAUUAUCCUGACGAGAGCGGACAAAAGUUAAAUGUGGAAGAAAAAAAGGUGAGACCUAGGCCCAUGUUGGACGGUAGCGGUGGCAGAUUGAAUUCCGGCGACGGUAUGCGCUCCAUGGGUGGUCAACAACAGCAACAGCAGCAACAGCGUGGACCAGGUGGACCUGGAGGCGUGAUGAGAGGUGGACAGCACGGUGCACGAGGUGGUCGUGGAGGAUUUACACGGGGUGGCGAUGGUGGCAGGGGUGGUGGUAUGCGACAGCCAGGCAAUCCGAGUAAUCCCGGCUACCAGAACCGUCGCUAAUAUCGGCCACGCUAUGCAACAGUCGCGAGAGCCCCUUCUAAUUUCGUCUAUACUGAAUAAAGUCACCGGUACCAUCAUGCAUCUACCAUCUUCAUUUCGAGAAUCGAAAUCCAGGACUAUUUCGUGUGUCGCACGACUUCAUCACCGACGCCAACCUCAUAUGCUUAAACGUCGCUUGCAACAACGUUCGUCAAGCAGCAGCAGCAACAAUCGAUAUUAGCUGACGUAGCUCAAAAAGAAAUCGUACGAAACAUGAGCUCGAACAUGGAUGACGUGCCAAUCGAAAUCUCGGAUGAGGAUCACAUUCCUCGCGCGAGCUCAGUGGUGUGUGUAUCUAAAAGUCAUCGGUUCGAAUUCGUCCUUCGUACAUCGACAAUCGGGCAAUCCCGUAGGACUUUGCGACGCGAAGUAUUCACAAACGCAGUCGUAGACACAUACACAUAAAAACGUGCAGCCGUGCGACAAGUUUGAGAAGAGCUCACAGGAGAACGUUGUUGGAAUGUGGCAAAUUUUAGUGCAAAAGACGGAAAGAGGCGACGGGACGUGAUCUGAAAUCGGGAAAAUUGUGUCGGAACUCUUUGUGAGGCGGUUUCGGGGUUUCCGCAGCAUUCGUCACUCCGCGCGUUUCCUCCGGCUCGCCAGAUCGCGGGACGAAAAGGCAGCGGAGCGAAUUCCGAUGCGCACACACAGCACGUAACCAUGCGAGGGGCGACCAAGCGAAAGAAGGACCACGGAGUGUCGCUGUGAUAUGCGUAAAUCUCUCGUACGCUUCCGAGUCGACUCAUCGGCCGCUGAUGAGAGACGUCCCGUUGCCCCAAAUGAAGAGUCGACGUAGGUAGGCAAUCGCACGGAACGAAUCCCGACGAUUCUACAGGAUCCCAAGACUGUGUCCCGGUUGCACGGCAGAAGAAGAGAUAUGAAAGGAAAGAUGACAGUUUCUUUUCUUCUACGAGUCCCUUUAUUUAUAUUGCCGAUCAUUGAUUGACCGGUAUCGAUCGUAGACAGGACAAUGCUUCUAGACUGCAGCAACUGGUCUCGCCAUUUCUCCCCGCUCCAUCCGCAUACAAAUCCUGGCCUCGUCUCGUUGCAGUUUCGGAACCUUUUGUUCGUGCCUACCUUCUUCCUGGUCUCACCUUCCUUACCCCCAUUUCUUCUGCUGGAAGCAAUUACAUUCUCCUAACAUCUUUCCGCGCUAUUCUCGUCCUCUCUUGUAGUAUCUUUUUAUUCUAGCAUCUACCUCCCUCUUCCCUCACACACACGACUUAUUACUUUUGUUUAGGUCAAGUUAGUAAGGAUCGCGCGCGCGGUCUCACGUUGUAUUGCCCGGUCGUUAAAUUAUCUGUCUAAUAAUGUCUUCUGGUGAUCGCAGGGAGCUCCCGUUACGCCGAGCAUUAAAUGUGAAUUGACGCGCAGUGCGGGAACGCGUUCGACGUAGCGACAAUGCAGAACGUUUUUCCGUACUUUGUAAACCACUGCAAGAGCAACAUCUUUUCUCCCGGGACAUGUGACGCACCAAUUUUCCUCCUGACAAUAUUUAUAUCUAUUCACAUUUUUUGACGCAGUACUCAUAUGCCGCAGGCCGCUUAGAAGCGAAACGAGAGUUCUAGUCAGCACCAACGCUCACAAGCAAUGCUCGGCAGGAAUCCUGCGAUUAUCAGAGAGCGGGCGAUGCGAUCUCUCCCGGCCUACCAGCCUCUCAUUCCUUUACGAAACUAUUGGAAUUUUAUAAGCGAUCGGUCUGCAACUCCCAUACCGUCGCGGAAAGUAAUGUCGAGCAAAUUUUUAAUUUUCUUUUUUCGUGUCGUAGAGGAAGGAAAGGACAUUAAAAAUUUGCGUUUGACAAUAAGUAGCGAAAGAAAGAGAGUGAAUGAGUGAGAACAAGAGAGCGAGAGAGAGAGAGAGAGAGAGAGAGAGAG